UGGGAUUGUAGCCUGCCAACAAAACCAAAAAAAGAGAAGAUCUUUACCACGUUUUUCACAUGCAUGCAUGCCACUUUUCCUCUAGAAAAUGUCUAACGUCACACUUCAGUCGCUGAAAACGUUUAUCAGCCAGCGGCUGGCGGUGGCCGCGGAGGAGAUCUCCGCGCUGCUGGAAACGACCAUCUCCAACUACGAAGAAGAGAUUAACCGCCAACGCAAGCUGCUGGAGGAGGAGAGCUCCGAGUUCCUGAUCAGCGAAGCAGGUAUACAACAUGCAGUGAGAUUUCGAGUCAUAAUCGAUCAUGAUAUCAGGAAGAUAACAUUCCAAAAUGGCAUCCCCUCGUCUGUGGAGGACUUAAGUAAAGUGUUGAAACAGGCUUUUUCCAUCACCACAGACAUAGGACUUCAGUACAAGGAUGCGGACUUUGAUGACUUCUUCACACUAACCACUACAACAGACCUGAAAGAUAAAGACACACUCAAAGUUGUGCAUGUGCCACCAGGGAUAGUAAUCCCCACAGUCCCUCAGGAACGCAACCCCGACACAUCUGACCCGUCGUCUGCAGAUGUUCCGCUGUCUGUGGACUCUCAGGACGCUGUGAUCCCCAGUCCCCCUGCCACUGAGAGGCAGAGCCUGUGGCCCGCCAUCUUUCCCAUCCCAUCCUUCUCCUACACCACCGAGAUGGCUUUGAGGCAAGGCAACGAAAAGUUUCUAAAAGAUGGAACCCUGCUGACGUCCCCGUGUGUCAAAUCGGACAUCCUGGAGCGCCUGGCGGAGACCAUGUUCUCCUACACGGCUUAUCCCAACGAUCCGCAGAGGGCUGCGGUUGCACGGUCACUAAUAGAGAAGCACCCGUGCUUGAGAGAGCCCGGCUCUCACAACGGAUGUUACGGGUGGCAGCAAAGCCUAAAAUACAAAUGUGGAAACUAUCGGAACAAACUUAAAGCACACGGAAAGCCCGAACUGCUAAUAAAUACUCUAAAACACAAGCAGGACGGCGACAGGAAACCUGCCAAAAAUAUCAAGAAACCAAGGAAAUCUGAGGUAAACUACCUCCCCCCACAUCCAGUCGGUGAAACAGAUGACAGCUUGGAGAAUACGAGACUUGAGCUUAUUGCUGCAAACAAGACAAAGAGCAACGGACAGAUGAUAAAUGACAUGAUGUCCCGAACAUACAGCUGUAGAAGAUGGGAAGUGGUCGGCCAGUCCAUACAGGUGGCAGAAUUCAAAGAGAGAUGGCCCGCCCUCUUUGAUCCGUUUCAGAUUAACGAAGAGUUCCGAAGGUGCAACACCGUCCCCCUGGAGUCUACGUUUUUCGCGCAGCUGGACAGGUACACGCCAAAGCUCCUGGAAUUAUUCAGCUCAAAGGGAGGAGCUGUUGGACAGCGCAUGAAGAGUGUGUUUGUUGAGCUGAUACAGGACCCGUGUGCCUCAGUGGUGAAGAAGAGGGACGUGACUCUGAGAUGCCUCGUCGAGUACCUGGGGGAGAGCGUGCAGGAUCUGGUCUCUGACUACUAUAGGACAGCCGAGGAUAAAGUGCACCAGGAACUUAGACCACAGAGUAUGAGGAUCUACGUUUGUCACAAGCCGGACGCAGUGGGCAUCGUCAUCGAUGGAACGCCGGUGCUGACCGGCGUGGGUACCCUGUCCAGAGCCUGCUGCCUUCUCCUCGGCCUCACCUACGCCCUGAACCUGGAUUAUCCUCCCAAACUCGUGAGAACUUUUGAAGUAUUUCAAAGACUAUUUGUGGGACUUGAUAUGCUCCAGCCGAAACCAACGUCCAAGUACAUCAGCCUGAAAAACAAGCUCCUCGCCUAAACAGUCGCUCUGAGCUUCGGAAUCAACUCAUCCGAGGCUCUGUUUUGUUAACCGUGGUACAUGCGGGAGCUGUUAAGGUGUCCGUGUGAUGACGAGGAUUGUAUUGAAUGUUGUAAGACCCGUGUUCACGUUAAGGGGUUCAAACAUUGAGCUGUACUUUCAGAGCUUGAAGGAAGUUAGGACCAACCGCUUGCUAAAGAGACGUUUGGCUCAUGGUCACAGCCGUUCCGGGUACACGUCUAUAAUAUGGCGGUGCACCCUCCCUUUGUCAGGUAGGUCAGCUCGCCCAAAUUACGACAAG